CCGUGCCUGUGUUUACCAUGGGCUGAUCGCUGAUAAUCCAACUGCCACAAAAACAAGAUCGGGUAUAAAAACCCUCUUCUAAAGUUAUAUUCAUCAUAAACUUUAUUGUCCAGACAAACCUGACAGUCAUGGCAGAGCAACAGGUUCUAUCCAGCAGUAGCUCAAAUUCUUCUGAUGCGGAAGAGACGUGUCAGCAAUACGCUUUGAAAAUGGAAGCGAAAACUCCGGCAUUUGAAGCUGCCAAGCUGUCUCUUCAGGCCGGUGGUGAUGGGGCUACAGCUGCCGAUUCAACGGCGGAGUCACACGGGGAGUGCACGGCAACUGCCACUGGACUUUCCGAGGGACUUGACUUGCUUUUGCAAAAACAAAGAAGAGAUUUGAUGUUGGAGCUGAGGAAGCUUCAGACCGGUCAUCGUCCAGUCACCAGUACAGAGAGCCGUGAAACCCUUGAAGACUUCUUCUCAGGUGGUGAGAGACAAACCAACAAUCGACCCCAGAGUGUUCUCUCCGAAGUCCAAGGGCUGUCGGAACGUCGACCAGUCUCGUCCGUUCUAAGGAGCAACGCCUUCAGACGCAAUCUUGAAGAUGUUAUUCGUGGCACGCUGGUCCGUCAAGAUCGAGAACUACAGCAGACACUUCGUCUGCGCUCGGCCGGUUUCAACGCUGGAGGUUCUUCAACGCCAGCUGUGCAUCCAAGUGCGGACGCAUUCCAGCAACACUUGGAGAGUUUGAGUCAGUUGAGUCAUUCAUCAAGGACAUCGACCGGCUCCCAUCCUUCCCUUGGGUUGGCUGAUGUCUUCUCGCCACCACCACCACCACCACCUGUGCCCCAGUAUGGACAACAAGUGCAACAUCAACAACAACAACAACAACAACAACAACAGCCACAGCAGUUUCCCUCAAUGCAGUCUUCAUUCCCACAGUCGCAAUGGAGGCCACAACAACAGCAAAUGCCACCAAAUCCAUACCAGCAGCAACAGCAGCAGCAGCAGCAGCAGCAGCAGCAAUGGCAACAGCAGCAGCAGCAACAACAACAGCAGCCAUGGCAACAGCCACAACCAUGGCAGCAACCUGCUGUGCAGCCGCAACAACCAUGGUUGACGCAGAACAGUCCACAGCAAGCUAAUGACAACAUAAACAUGGCUUCGUACCUGCACCAGGCACAUCGUGAGGAGGCUGUAUUUGAGAUCAGUAAUCUAGUCCAACGUCAGCUUGUGUCCUCCAUGCUCAACAGUCAAUUCAGAGGAACCCUGGAGAAUACAAUGAUGGCUCAUCUUCAAAAUACUGAAGCUGAUGGAGAGAGCGUGGCCAACUUCAUCCAAUCCUUGCCUCAGAGUCAAUCUUAUCGACGAAAUGAUUUCAGCCAUCUCGGGAUUCAGGCGCCAUCCAGAGGUCAACCAACGACCUCUUCAUCUUCUGCAACAGCUGCAACCUGGGCUGCACCAGAGCUUGACACACUCAGACGCCAGAUGGAGGAAAUGCAGACGAUGAUGAGGCUGACCUUUGAAAUCCAGCUGGACAUGCAGAGGUCAAUCAGACAGGAAGUGGCUGCUGCCCUCAGUGGCCAACAUGGGCAAGUUCCCAGCACCCAGACCGCCCAGGCUCCAAUGCCACCCAGUCAGCCUGCUAGUGAAGGUAACUGCAUCAUCUGCCUGGAGAAGGCCGUAGACGCGGUACUCUACCAGUGUGGUCACAUGUGCUGCUGCUUAGCGUGUGGACUGAGAUUGAAGCAGAUGGGAUCUCAUUGCCCGAUGUGCCGUGCACCAAUCCGGGAUGUAAUUAGAGCAUAUCGAUGCCAGACGGAGUAAGGUAUUAUCAUGGAAGAGCAUUGCAAAUGGCGGACGGUUGACUCUAUGAAAUAUAGAAUAGACCUUUCAUUGUAGGAUUGGCAUGGCCGGUCGAAUGUUUGUGAAACAUUUAAACUGUGUUUACAGAUGUUCUGACCAAAUUGAACAUUUUAAAAAACUUUAAUUACAUGUAUCUCUCAUGAUUGGUUGAUUUGUUUCCAACAAAUU